AGAAGAAGUUAAUAAAAUGCGAAUGUUUUAAAACGGAAUACAUUUCCCCUUUCCCGCAUAAAAUCAUCACUCAUUUGCUUCCAGCGAGUGAGCAGAACGAGUCCUAAUCUCCAAUGAAUUUCACCGUAAUUCCAAAAUUCUGAAAAUCCACAUCUCAAUUCUCCACCAUGUCAGCGCCGACGACUGCCGCCUCCUCCUCCGGCGGCACUAGCGAGGAUCGCCAGCAAAUCCACAACAACAACAACGCUGCAGAGAACUCCGACGGCGGUAACACCAUAGCAAUGCAAAGGAAACGAGCACGAAGAGUGAGCUUUGCUGAAAUGACUUCCGUACACUUCUUCGACCGCGAUGAAGAGUACGAAACUCCUCCGAACCUCUCCGGUAAAGCUGAAAACAACAGUGAGGAGGUGAACCUAGGUUUUGAUCAAUUGGUGGACGAUUCUAAAGAAUCCGAGGAUAGAGAAGAUGGCGAGGAUGAAAAUUAUGAGGAACAAGAUGAGGAUGAUGAGAUGGCUUUGCCUAGGUCGUUUUUAAGACCUGCGGAAUCACCUUCUCCUGGAAGCAAUUUUGGUUCUGCUACUUCAAAUGAUGAAGAUAAUUUUUUUGGCCCAGUAUCUCCCAAUUUUAUAAGGCCAGGUCGGCUUUCUGAUUCAGCAGCGUCCGACGAAAAUCACGAUAUUACUAUGGAUUCAACAGCUUUUUCCAUGCAGUUCCGUAGAUUUGUUAGAUCAGAUUCAGGGAUAGACUUGAAGACCCCAACAGAAGUAUCAUUCGAAGUGAAAACACCAACACAGACCAGUCAGCGUAGUUCCAUGGAACUGACAAUGGCCGAUAAGCCGAUUUCUCAUUCUUCUAUCCCUGUUGCCAAUUUUAGUGGCAUUAGUGAUUCGAGUGACAUGAGUCUGAUUGGAGAAAACUCGCGAAGAUAUGAUUAUGGGAGACUCUCUCCUGAUUUAGAAGCUCUUUUAGCAGAAGGCCAAGAGAGAUCGCUCACAGUGUCUAUUUCAGGAGAUAUCAGUGUUUCAAAGUCACCAACAAGCAAGAAGAUGGGGGUUGGAAGUACAAUGACGGAUUUAAGUGGAAAUGGAGAACAAGAAGCAAAUGCAGUUGUUAGUCUUAAUAUGCAACCUGGACCUUUGUGCCAGAAAAUCGACGCAGCUGAUGGUUAUAAGUUUCUUUCACGUGUUGUUGAUGGCGAUUCAUCACUUAGAUCCACUGUUCCAGCCCUGGAUAAUUAUGAUGAUAGAGUAAACCAGUCACCAAAGCAGUUAAGUGAUGAUUUUUGUGAAAAGAAUAAAUCUGUCAAGGAUGCUUCUGUGUUAGAAAAUAGUGAAACCCUAUGUAGUAACAAUGGUGAGCUCGGUGAAUUUUGUGGGUUCCCAUGUGGUGGAGAGUCUCCGUUGGUAGAUUUAGUGUCCUCUUCACCAGCUACACAAAGACUAAUAGUUAUGGGUAGUCCUCCACCUGUCAAACAUAAUUCAACGGCAGUGUCUUUCCUGGAAGAUCCCAUUUCCUUUUUGAGCAAUGAAAAGAGGAGACCUGGGACAAAUUCAGCAUCCCUCCAGAAGAGCAUUUCCAAACUUGAGAGGCUUAAGGCUUCUGCACUCUCUUCUUCCUGUGGUGACAAAAUCCCCAAUAUGGGCGUCAGAGCUUUAGAAUUUCCAAAAACUUCUCCCUCGGAGUCUAUAUUGAAGAAAAAGAAUAUUGAUACAGGAGUCAAAUGUAUGGAUGCCUCUAUGACUUGUACAGAGGAGCAAACUUCAGGUACUUCUAUGAAGGAGGAACAAAGAAAAACGUUUACCCCUGAUGGUAGUAGGAGUAAGGCUCUUUCAAUUAGUGAAGAUGUUAUUCGAUGUGAACAAUCUUUUGGUCCAGAAAAGCAGGGGAAAUCUCUCAAUCAGCUUGAUGCUGGUAUUCUCCCUAUGGAUCAACUGUUGAAGCCUGCAGACCCCUUGUCUUCAUCAAGGUUUUCGUGGUCAGGGCAGACAAAUGACAUGGUUAUGCCAAAUGAACUCAGGCAAAAGAUAUCACUCAUUUCUAGGACUGAUUCCCCAUUGGUUGAUUAUGUAGCGCGGGAGGAAGUGAUUGCUAUUGCUCAAAAAUUGUUUUUUUCUCCAGAAAAAUCCUUGCAGUCAAAGUGGGCUGGACAUCAGUCUAGCCCCUUUAAAGAAUCAAAGUUGCAUGAUGAACAUCCAAAGAGCUUUGACCCAGAAAAAAAUGUGUCUCCAAUAAGUCAAUCGACAGAUGGACCAUCUGCUACUGCAACACCUGGAAACUGGUAUUGUUCAUCCACAUUAACUGAAGAACAGUCUGGUUCACCAGUUGUAAAAGGCAGCAAAGAGUUGAAGCAACCAGACAGGACACAUAGCAUAGAAGCUAAGCUCCUUGAUCAAUCUAAUGAACUGGGAAGCUCUGAGGACUCGAGAAUCUCCAGGGAUGGGAGCUGUCAUCUAUCGUUGGCAUUAUUAGAUGGGAAUAUUCAGUGUGAAACAGGCCUCCCUAUACUUGAAAUUGAUCCUCAAGAGCAAAAUAAGUCUUCUUUUGCUUGUGCUGCUUCCUCCUCUAUACAGAAUGUAGAGUCGUUGGUAGUUGAAAAGGCUCCUGUAAAAAUGUCUUCACGAAGUCCAACAGCAAAGGGGCUCCACUCGCUGUCACAAUCUAAUUUUAUAGGCGAAGUGAGGCAAUCUCCUACAUCCAAUCAAUCUAUUGUAAGAUCUAGAAGCUCUUCUGCCCAUAAGAGAAGUAGUGAAGAGUUGACUUUUGGAGAUAUGGAACACACAAAUGAAAUUAUCAUGUCUCAUAGGAGCCCAAAACUCCAACGAGGGGUUGGUAAUUAUCCAGGAACUUCAGGAAAUCAUGAUGAAAGUGGAAAAGAAAUGCGGAGAGCUCAUGAUGAAAACAGACAAUGGAAAGACAUUAAUUCCAAAUUUAUGGAUAAUACAGAUGAGUGGAUAUCUUUGCCUAAAGAAAGGCUAUCUAUGCCAGCGAUUGAAGUGGUGGAAGACCUUGUCACCCGGAUGCAGAAGGCAAAGACAUACGAUAUUUUGCAGAGUCAAAUUCUUACUCAGAAAACGUCAGUUUCCAAUUUUCUGGAGAAAAGAGCUGUUGAAGCAAUAAUGUUGUUAUGUCAGCUUGUACAUGAGAAAGCAAAGUUUCACUUGAGGCAUGUGAAGAGGGAAAAACUGCUGGAAAAAUGUCGACUGUUGGACUCUGGAAUUCAGAAGUCUCAAAUGUCUAAGAUCAAUCAUUCACUUCAUAAUUCUGUAACUGUAUCAAGAGGCACCCAGGGUAAUGCAAUAUCUAGUGAGAGCUCAUCAGCCUGUGAAAAGGUUCUGCAGGAGGUGCCUCAAAAUAAAGUGGUCACUAUCAAGGAGGCUUUGGAAAUUUCAGAAAGAAAAGUUGCAACUUUGACUAGAUCUUUGCAUUCUUCGAUGAAACUUAAAGGAGAACCAAAUUGUGCCGAUACUAUCAUUGCUGUUAAAGAACAUCUAAUGAGGCGAUCGUGUUGUAGAUUCCUACGUCAAGAUAUGCAGAUGUGUGUCAUUCAGAAUGUAAGGAAAGGGAAUGGCCAUUACAAUAUCAUCCUCAACUAUCUUGGUUUGCUGGUUCAAAGUUUGAAGGUGACUGUUGGUCCCGCCCCAAGCAUCAUCAUCUCUAACAAUUUGAAUGAUCUACUAAUCACAAAGAUUUUCCCAAAUAUCAAUUCUUGUGCUGCAUUGAGAUUUGUGUUAAAGGCUGAGUUUUCAAAGAAACUUGGUGCUAGGACUCCAGCGCAAGAAAUGCAGGUUACCCGUUCCCUUUUUGGCAACUCGCUUGAUGUGGUCGCAGAGGUGCAAAAGGCACAAACAAAGUUUCGUACCUUGGCGGAUAUUACCUUUUCCAUUCCAACUGUUGAGAAACUUGAGUUGCAGCUUCAUUUUAUGAAUUUUACUACUGGAAAGAAGGUGAAACUGACACUGGACGUGUCAUGCUUGAAUAGAGGGGUCUAUCCUUCAGAAGUUGUUCCAUCUCAGUUUGCAGCUCUAGCUGUUCCCGCGAAACAUUCAGAUGAUCCACUACUUGAUGAAAUUAGAAAUGCUGUCAAAAGCCUUAGAGAUGGAUACAUGAGGAUUAUACGGCUAUGUGAUUGUAUUUCGCAGGUGGUUCAAGCCUCGGGUGGAUAACUUCAGCAGAAAGGACAAUUAAACAACCUGGAUGAAUAGACUCUUGUUGGGGUUUCCACUGCAUGGAACAGAUACGAACUUCCCAUUGUGUACUGCUAUCGUUGCCAAAUUGCACAGGCUCUCCAUUGUCACAGAUCCUCUACUGCUGCAACAAUUGUGCGUCAUAUAUCGAAUGAUGAUGGUUGUAUAUAGGGUGAGAUUGUAGCUGAAUGUAUAACUUGUUAUCCGUCCAUGCUGAAAAGUAAUGUCUUUCGGAGCAUUCUCCCAGGCCUGGUUUUCUUUUUUCUCCAAACCCUUCUUAUUUUCUUGUUUUCCUUUUUGUGGACGAGGGGCAUGGGGGUCUAAAAUUUAGAACUAGAGUGAUCAGUGUGUACUUUAAUGAAAUAGUAACACAAUCUGUUAGGCUGGCUGCAUUUUGUUCGUGUACACGUUCCCUAAUGAAAGGGUGAAAACUCUGACGAGGAACUCUAUAGUUUGCCUAUUAUUUUAUCUGUAUGGGUUUUCAUACUUGAUGCAAAUGUAUUUAAAAGUGUCGUAAGUAUUUCGAAAUGUGAAUUUGACUAGGGAUGGCAAGUACUAACUGUUCAUUAUUGCAGUUACUUUUCA